AUGUGCCCGACAACAAAAUCAGAGACUCCUGGAGAGGCUGGGAAUCUGCAGUACCUGCAGCACAAAGCCCAGCUCUCUGUGUUUGCUGCUCUGGGAAUGAAGGGCAGGUGUCCGUGCCGUGGCAGCAGUCACACUCCUGGCAGCCUCUGGGAGAUUUGGUCAGACCAUCACCCGACCUACGGCACUUCCUCGCUGUCCGACUGUGACAUCUGCUGCGCUCCUCCUGAGCAUCGCGCUAAGACCAUGGAAGGAUCGUAUUGCACAGACAGCCGGGACAAUGUCAGACUUCACUUCCAGACGACAACAAACCAACCCAAGAGGGUUCAGUGUCCCGGUGACGCUCAGAUCCCAAUACUCCACGGUGAAGAGCCGGAUAGAGGAGCAGCGAAAGGAUUAACAUUAGAGCUGGCGGCAGAGGCAUUGCCCACAGCUUCACUGCAGGUUUCCAUAUCCUUGCACAAGGUGGAGUUAAGCGUUGGAGAGUCCAAAUUCUUCAUCUGCACAGCAGCAAAUAAGCCGUUGUCGGGGCCAACGGCGGCUCAGCGGGGCGGCCAUGCUUUCUGGCAGGCCCAACCCGCCUCCUACUGGCUGCCGUCUCUCUCCUGCCAACCCACUCGACAGGGGGCUAACAAUCAAGAGGCUAUCGGUGAGCCUGUAAGGCUGGAAUGGUUCAACCCUCUGGGUGAGCGCAUCGUAAGCAGCAAACGAAUGAAUCUGCAGGCGGAGGCGUCCCGAUCCCGACUCAUCAUCUACAACGCCAUCAUCGAGGACGCAGGGAUCUACCGCUGCCAGGCCACCGACGCCAGCGGCCACACGGAGGAGGCGUCGGUGGUGCUCGAAAUCUACCAGAGACUGACGUUCCGGGAUGUAAAGUCGCCUCAGGAGUUCAGGCACGGCGAGACGGCAGAGGUGGUCUGUGAUGUCAUCAGUUCGCCGGUGCCGGCGGUAGUUUGGUACUACCAGGACAAAGAGAUCACAGAGGAGCACCACAGCAGGUUCCAGGUGCUGCCAAACAACAACCUGCAGAUCCGCCAGGUGACCAAGGCGGACGAGGGCGUUUACCGCUGCGAGGCCAGCGUGGAGGCCAGAGGGGAGAUCGACUUUGUGGACAUAGCCGUGGUCGUCAACGUUCCUCCGUCGUUAUCGGUCUUCCAGCAGUCCUUCAACGCCACAGCCGACUACCAGGAAUCAGUCACCUUUACUUGCAUCACUUCUGGAUCUCCUGAUCCUCUGGUCACAUGGCACAGGAAGGGGCAGCAGCUGGAGCCUUCAGAGAAGUACAUUUUCAGCCAGCUGGAGGGCGGACACAGCAUGCUGACCAUCCGAAACAUCCGGCAGGCCGACGGAGGAACGUUCUCCUGCAAGGCCUCCAACAAGGCCGGCUUCCAGGAGAGAGAACUUCUGCUCAAAGUGUUCGUCCAGCCCCACAUCACCCAGCUGAAGAACGUGACAGCCGUGGAGGGCAGCGCCGCCAUGAUCUCCUGCGUGGCCGAGGGCGAGCCUCUGCCUGACAUCUCCUGGAGGAGAGCCAGCGACGGACAGACCUUCGUGGACGGAGACAAGGUGACUGAGCUGCAUAUCAAGCAGGCCGAGCUUCAGGGCGCGAGUUUGUCUCCACACACAGGCCCUUGCCACUCGCCAGGCAAACAAGCGAAGUCGCAAAGCGACCAGAGCCGAGCCUUUAAGCGGCGCUCUACCUCGUUAGCUGAAAGCUUUGUGGCGACAAAACGAAAGCCGUUCCAAACAGGAUCAAGCCAGAGUCUGGAGCAGGAGAGGAGCGUUUGGAGUCGGGACGGGCGGUUCGAGGUCCGCGGCCGUCACGGUAAAUCCGUACUGACCAUCAGCGGGGUGCGGCUCAGCGACCUCGGCCGCUUCGACUGUGAGGCUCAAAGCAGGAUAGGAGGCCAUCAGAAGAGCAUGUUUCUGGACAUUGAGUAUAUUCCUAAAUUCCUGACCAAUCAUACCAUCUAUUACUCGUGGGAGGGGAACCCGGUGAACAUCAGCUGCGACGUGAUGUCCAACCCGCCCGCCACCAUGCUGUGGAGGAGGGAACGCUUCACCAUCUCAGAGGGAACGCCGCACAUGCAGAUCUACCGCACAGACGAGAAGUCGGUGCUGGAGGUGACUCCGAUGUCGGACCGAGACUUUGGCCGGUAUAACUGCACGGCCCGGAACAACAUCGGAGUCCGGUACCAGGAGUUCAUCCUGGCCCAGGCAGACGUCCCAUCCAAUCCGUACUCCGUCCGUCUGUCGGCCGUUUCCCAGCGGCUGGCGACCGUCACCUUCAUGAAGCCGGACUCUCACGGCGGCGUUCCCAUCAGCUUCUACCUGGUCCAGUAUAAAGAGCUGGGCUCCAUAGACUGGAGGGAUGUGAAGUCGCACAGCGUGCAGACCACCGUAGUUCUGACCGGACUGGAGCCCAACACGACGUACGAGGUGCGAGUCGCCGCCGUGAACGGGAAAGGUCAGGGAGAGUUCAGCCACACGGAGACCUUCCAGACUUUACCCAUCCGAGAACCGAGUCCGCCGGCGGUCCACGGCCAGAGGGGCGUGGGGAAGGCCUACAGGCUGGGGCUGGUCAAGCAGGAUGACGGCGGGAUGCCCAUCGUGGAAUAUAUUGUCAAAUACAAAACAGAUAAAGAGGAACAGUGGAUGACCAAGCUGGUUCCAGGAGCUAACGACUUUGCGAUGCUGCAGUCGCUGCAGUGGAACACGAGAUAUGAAGUGGAAAUCACAGCCCGCAACGUCAAAGGCCUAUCGGAGCCCACCUUCUAUCAGUUCUUCAUGCCACAGAAGCCCGACAUUACAGCAGAAUCCCUGUUCAGCGGCCUGGGGCUCGGCGCGGUGGUGGGCCUCGGCCUCGGAGCGCUGCUGCUGCUCCUGGUGCUGGUGGACGUCAGCUGCUUCUUCCUGCGCCACUGCGGCCUGCUCAUGUGCAUCACUCGCACGCUCUGCAGCAAGAAGACGGCAACCAGCGGCAAGGGCAAAGAGAUGGAGGAGGGCAAGGCGGCCUACCUGAAGCUGCCGCUGAAGGAAGAAAAUGGCAAAGAGUCUCUCAAGCCGGAUACGAUUGAAAUCAAAGUGCACAGCGACAACAGCAUCCACAUAAAGCCGGACGACAGCAAGGCUUAA